UUACACUACCUAUGGCCUCACGCCGACAUCACUUACAGAAAGCUUGAGGAAGUUCCAUAAGAGUUAGAACCGGACUGAUGUCCUCCACUGUUCUUCGAGUCGCUUCGUUUACCUUUGUUACCGCGUCAUCUCAGAUCGUGUUUUGAUCGCAGAAUUACUUUAGUCUGUCGUUGUUAGCUUCCAAUAUUUCCAAUCUCACUUACGCUUAACUGGAACCCUCAAUGUUUUCGCCGACGCCAGGAAAGAUAACAGCAUUCAAAAAUGGAGACAUUAUCUCUGGUGGCCGGACUGUGACAAAUGAGCUAUACGUUGACGGGGCCACCGGACGUAUAUUGGACGGCUUCGAGUUUCCUGAAGGCGAAAGAGUGGUAGAGGAUAGGACAGUAGACCUCAAGGGUCGGAUCCUAUGCCCGGGGUUCAUCGAUAUGCAAUUCAAUGGUGCUUUUAACGUGGACUUAUCCCGCCUGCCGUCUAAUGGUGACAUUAACUCCUUUAAGAAUGAUAUUCGUGUCAUGAACCAGAGACUAGUUAGGACAGGCGUGACGAGUUAUCUGGCAACAAUGACAAGUCAGAAGCCGGAAGUGUAUCAGAAGAUCCUCCCUAUAAUCGGGGCAACCAAUCCGGAAAGAGUUCCAAAUAUGGGUUCUCAAUCUCUUGGCGCACAUUGUGAAGGCCCUUUCUUGAACAUUGACAAAAGUGGCUGCCACGACGUUGAUGCUGUUAAAGCUGUCGGGGGCGACUGUAGUCUAGAGCGUCUCGUUAGUUGUUACGGAGGGCUAAAUCUUGGAUUUGCGGACCACCAAACGACCCAGUCGGCUGUCAACACCCCUGUGAAGAUGAUUACUAUAGCACCUGAGCUUCCAGGCGCUCUUGAUACCAUUCAUCAUCUCACAAAAAAAGGAAUUGUAGCCAGCAUCGGCCACACGAAAGCUAACUAUGAAGAGUCCAUUGCCGCGAUUCAAGCAGGAGCAAGAUCCAUUACUCACCUAUUCAACACAAUGUGCCCCUUUCAUCAUCGUGAGCCCGGACCACUCGGAACUAUUGCUUUCUCAAGCACCAAGGCCAAUACAGCACGUAUCGAGCCUGAUAAAAGACCCUAUUUCGGAAUUAUUGCAGAUGGGAUACACGUCCAUCCUGCCAGCGUCAAUUUGGCGUGGAGAUGCCAUCCCCAAGGGUUCAUCCUGGUUACAGAUGCAAGUAUGAUUGCAGGAUGUGAAGAUGGGGUCUAUGAGUGGACUGGAGGAAGAAAUAUAGAAAAGAGAGGCGCCAAAAUUACCCUGGAAGGAACAGAUACUAUUGCAGGAAGCGCGGUUACUUUGAUGGAUUGUGUCAAUAAUUUCAUCAACUUCACCGGGGCUUCUGUGGCAGAAGCUAUCAGCGCCGUGACAUCGACUCCGGCCGCGUUGCUAGGAAUUUCUGACAGGAAAGGGAAUGUGAUUCCUGGUGCUGAUGCAGACCUUCUCGUGUUGAAGAGAGAAGACAGCAUAGGAGGCACGAAACUAAUCGUAGAGCAGGUAUGGAAGUUCGGUAACAAAGUCUUCGACAUUGCAGAGGACAGUAACAGACUGGCCGCCAUAAAAUCUCGAGUAUAACUUUUUCCGUAAACUCAGUUUUUUUUUUGUUUUUUUUCCAUGAUAUGAGCCGAUUAACACUCGGCUCUGGCGAUUAUUCCAUGACUCAUAGAGACGGCAAAUCAAGAUAGAAACACAUAAUGUCAGGCGAGGGGCAAAGGAUGCCACAACAUGAAACUAAUUCUCCAAAGUACUUUUUUCUUCCUCCAUCCGAUGGAAACGAGGCGGGUCUCCGUCUGUCACCGGCGCGAUGUGUCAUGACAUGAUAAGUGAGUCGAUGUGUUCGAGUUGCAGGAACAAAUUCCGCGAUAGAUGUGAUGUGAGGCAGUUCCCCUCAAUGGAGGCUUCAUUCGCGGUUGA